UUCAAAUUCCAAUCUCUGUAACUGACGACGAGGAGAUGUCUACACGACGCAGACCAUUUACAGCGAGAUCGUCCAGUAGCUUGAAUAGUAAUAUACCUAGAUCUAUCAGAUCAUCCAUCAAUGAACAAGGUGGUUUACCAGAGGAUGUCUACGCUGAUAGUUAUACAGACGAUGAUGAUGAAUCCUCAGACGCAGACGUAUUCGCAUUCGGUCCACCUUCCACGGCAAAUGGUAACCGCGGUCAAUUCCCUAGCUCAGAAGCGAGCUCUAUCAACCAACCCCCGCUUAGUAACUUCGAUGAGAAGUAUCUAAGCCCACACGACGAUAUUCUCCGUCCACCCUCAUCAGAACCUAUAUACGCAGCAGAUCGUGUAAAGAGGUGGUCAAAUAUAGAUAGCGAUGACCUUUAUCAACAUUCUCCUACACAUCAAUUCCCUCCUACUCAGACACUUGAUAAGCUCGAAUUAGAGUACGAAGAAGACAGCCCUUAUCCCGAAGUAAGAGCUAGCGUUUCAAAUACAGACGACCCAGAUAUACCUACUUUAACUCUCAGAGUUUGGCUUAUCGGUGGUAUCUUCUGCGCCAUUGCUGCUGCAGUAAACACUGUUUUCAAUUUCAGACUACCUGCACCAACAAUCACUCCAAUUGUUAUUCAACUUAUCACCUAUCCAGCUGGUAAAUUCUUAGCUUACAUCCUCCCUAUGGAUUUGUAUACCAUGCCACGCUGGCUCGGCGGCAAAUCGUUCACUUUGAAUCCAGGUCCAUUCAAUAUUAAGGAACACACGCUAAUAACAAUUAUGGCAAACGUUAGUGUAAGCCCCGCUUAUGCAAUGAAUGUAACUGUCGUUACUGAAAUGUUUUACGGUCACAAACUUGGUGCUGGUUUUGAUAUUUUAUUAUUCGUCAGUUCUCAAUGUAUCGGCUUCGGAUUAGCUGGUUUCUGUAGGCGAUUCGUUGUUUGGCCUGCUUCUCUUUUAUGGCCGCAGUGUUUGGUUGUAUGUACUUUACUCAACACACUUCAUGCCGAAGAUGAUGAAAAUGAUGGUUCAAUUUCUAGAUUUAAAUUCUUUAUCAUUGCUGGUGUUUCUGCCGCAAUUUGGUAUUUCGUACCUGGGUUUUUAUUUAAAGCGCUCAGUUGGUUCAGUUGGAUAUGUUGGAUUUGGCCACGUUCACCAACAGUUAAUCAACUUUUCGGUGUGUUUACUGGCUUAGGUAUGGGCGGAAUGACCUUUGAUUGGUCACAAGUUACUUAUAUCGGUUCACCAUUAGUAAUGCCUUGGUGGGCCGAAUGUAAUGUAGCAAUCGGAUUUUUUGCAUUAUAUUGGCUAGUAGUACCAAUUUUAUAUUACACUAACGCGAAAUUCUUUAAUUAUCUACCAAUUUCCGAUUCAUCUCCUUAUGAUCGAUAUGGAAACGCUUAUAAUAUUUCAAGGAUUUUAUCAGAAGACAACGAGUUUAACGCGACAGCUUAUGAAGAUUAUAGUCCGCUUUAUUUAUCUGCUACUUAUUCAAUGGUUUAUUUACUUGGAUAUGCUGUCGCUACUGCAAUCUUAGUCCAUACUAUAUUAUAUCAUGGUAAAUCAAUUUGGUAUGGUAUGCGUAACUUUAAAACCGAAGAGGAUGAUAUACACGCAAAAUUAAUGAGGCGUUAUCCAGAUGUACCUCACUGGUGGUAUCUCAGUUAUAUGAUUGUCUUUUUGGCAUUAUCAAUCGCAGCUGUUACUGGAUUUGAUGCACAAAUUCCAGUUUGGGGUAUAUUUGUUGCCUUGCUAAUUCCUUUGGUUUAUAUUCUUCCAGCUUCAUUUAUUUUUGCGAUGACCGGACAAGAGAUACCAAUCAAUUUGGUCAGUGAAGUCAUACCAGGAUAUUUGUUCCCGGGUAAACCAAUAGCUAACAUGAUUUUUAAAUGUUAUUCAAUUCAAACGAUGUCUGAAGGGUUAUCAUUCAUUCAAGAUGCAAAGUUAGGGCAUUACAUUAAAAUACCACCAAGGGCUACCUUCACAGUUCAAGUCACUGCUACUAUUAUAUCAGCUUUGAUUCAAGUUGGCAUUAGGGAUUGGAUGUUUAAUUCAAUUUCUGAUAUGUGUAGUGUCAGACAAUCUGCCAACUUCACGUGUCCUCAGAAUAGGGUUUACUAUACAAGUUCAGUGUUGUGGGGUAUAAUAGGACCAGAUAGGAUAUAUGGUAGACAUGGUAUAUACCAUUAUCAAGUGUAUGCACUGAUUGCAGGUGCAAUCUUACCAAUUCCAGUAUACUUCUAUGUCAAGCGUAAACCAAGGUCUUGGCUGAGGAACUUAAAUUGGCCCGUUUUAUUAACGGGCCCAACUUAUAUUCCACCAGCUACUGGUAUAAAUUAUUCAAGUUGGAUUGGAAUUGGCUUCAUUUUCCAAUAUCUAGUAAGAAGAACUCAUUUCGCUUGGUGGUCGAAAUACAACUUCAUUCUCUCAGCUGCACUCGAUUCAGGCACAACACUUGGUAUAAUUCUAGUAUUCCUCAUCUUGCAACUACCAAAAGAUGGUGGUAUAAAUAUAGAUUGGUGGGGUAAUACAGUUUUCACUAGAACAGCGGAUUACUUCGGAAUGCCUUAUCGCUCAGCACCCUCAACAGGCUUUGGGGAACCAGUGGUAGCACAAUAAAAGUCACUAGCAUAAAUAUAACGUCGCAUUUAUAUUCAAUAUUGUUGUUGUCAUAUAUUAUUAUUUCUUUAUACAUUCUCAUAUAUUGCAUACAUUACAAGUUGAAUUGAACGAAACAUGCGUCAUUGAAGUGUGUAUAAUAUGUAACAAUGCUAUUUUGGCGGAUGAUGAUAUUAGGGUUUGUGUUGAAUCCUUGUUAAGCUUUAAAAGGCUUAACAUGUUAACUCCUAAUGCUAGCUUCUUGAUUUUGAUGAGUUUUUAUGUCUGGAUCUACCCCUCUCAUCAUCGGGUGCUUUCGAUGAUCUUCUACCCCUACUUGAAGACCUACUGCUAGUUUUGCUAGAAGUUUUCGUCAUUGGUUGGGCAUGACCGGGGACUUUAAAACUGUCCAUAUUGAAUACGACAGGUGACUCUGCCUGCUCCUUUUCUUCGUCAACGUCUUCUUCAUCGACUUGAUCUAGCUCGAAAGGAGCAUCAGCAUCUAAGUCGAGAGGAUCAUCAUUUAGUGAUGAUCCCGGUGAAGAAUUGUCCCUGCUGCUCUUCCUUAAUGGGAUGACUCUAGGUGAUGGGAAUGCAAUCGGGGUUGCGGGCGCAGGUGACCAUGGUGGACUAGGUGGUAGACUACCUAUUAUACUAUUUGACCUGGCUUUAUGCAUUGUAUUUGCUUGUGGAAUAGAUUGGCUCAUCGAUUUUGAAGAGCUUGUCGUCGGCCUGACAUUUGGUGAUAACAUAAGUAAAGAUUCUGCAGCAGACAUCCUCCUUUCUUCAGUAUGCUAUUGAGUGUAAGCGUAUAUGAUAUAGAAGAACAAGCAGACUUACUUUGUUAAUGUUGUCAAAGUUGUUCGUCGACUGUGUCGACAAUGCUACAACAGCGUCUGAUCUCCUACUCGACCAUUCAGGCAGUUUAAACAUUGUCAUAGUAUAACUUAAAGAAAUUUUCGGCUUCUAAUUACUAUAAAGAAAUUUGACCAACGUGUUGU